CUGGAUUAAAGCUGAAGCAAGUCCAAGGAUGCAGGAAAAAACUAUUUUGUGGAGGAAUAUCGUUGGCGAAUACGCGAGACGUGGCACAAGCCGAAGAUUAUCAGCUGAAAAUAUGCAAAUUUCAAUUUACCUUUGAAUUUACGUUCUUGUGUUCACUCAACUAUAGCCAAGCAACAGGACAGUUCCGGGAAAACCUGGCGCUCGUACAGUACCCGAUGCUGCCUCUAAAGGAAGAAAAUGGCGUAUGAGCGAGGGACUGCCUCGUUGUUUUCUCUGGGCGUUUUACUGAUCCAAAUCUUCGCUAGCGACAGCCAAAGUGUUGUACGUUCAAAAGGUGUAAAACUUGGACAUCAAAACGGUACAUCUAGAGGUAAGAUUAAGUCUCAUAUCGACGGUUUGCAAACCUUUUAGAUUUGCUUGAAAAGUAAGCUCAAAUACAAGAAAAUCACGGGAAUUAUUAUUGUUUCUUGUAAACACUUGAAAUUGAAUCAUGAUCAGAUCGCUCGAUAUGAACUCCUCAAAGUUUGUUCGAUCAGAUUGAAUCAAGCAGUGUUUACAACGUAAACGAUUAAGCUGAUUUCGUUCCCCAUGGCUUGGCUUAACUUUUUUUCAAGUUGUUUCACGUUGUUCUAAGCAACAUGGUUUAUUUUUAUCUAAAUUUAAUAGCUAUCGUCUAUGAUUUUAAAAAUUAAUCUCACUAUUCACACUUAAUAAUAGUGAAGGUGUUUUGAUCUUAACCACUGUUUAUUGUUCCCAUUGUUUAUAGCAGGAAUUCCAAAAAUAAAAGGAACAUUUUCAUAAUUAACAGUGUGCUAAUGGUUUUCUUUACACAAGGCUGUUUAACCAAAAAUGUGUGUGUGAAGGCCUAAGUAAAAUCUCAAGUAACCUUACUUUGCAUCUCAUUAAAGUCGGAAUAUUGAAACGAUUCAAGAAAGUUUCAAGUGAGUUGAAAACCAUCCUUAAAACCAACUUAGCGAACUUGUGGUUUCUAAACUUUGAGAAAGGCGAAGCAUGUCAAUCAAUCAUAAGUAUGCGUGGGAAAAUAGCCUCAAGUAACCCUGUAGUAAAAAUGAUAGGUUGUGUGUGAAGCCAUUUUUUACUUGAAGAAUUUAAAAUUUACUUGUCUUGAAUUAUUUCUUAGCUUAUUUAGGCUCUAGUGUAAAGACUACCAAUAUUUUGUUUUUUGACAUGUCAUUAAGAGAGCAAUUAAAAAUUGCACACUCUCUAUAUCCAGUCCGUUUACUGUGCUGUAAGCUAUCCCUGCUUUAGUUACAAAAAUAUUCAAAUAAAACAAUCGUUGAUUUUUUGGGGCAAACGGGAAAUUAUGUCCAAAAGUUUGUGCUUCUGAGCAAAUUUAGGCCACACAGUCUGACUGUUUCACUGUCGGACAAUUUUCAGCAUGUGGAUGUUCGGUUGCCACAAGGGGUGAAUUAAUGAUAAAUUUACAAACAAGCAAACUUUUAGGUUUUUUUCAGAAAAAUAAAAAUAAAAAACUGUUAAAAUCAGUGACUGUGUACGGGAAGUAGUUUUUUUUGUAUUGUGAAGUUACUUUGUAGGACUUGAUCACCAGUACCAGUUCAGUUCUUUUAAAAUAAUAUUAAGUGUUUCUAGUUUGAUUUAGUCUGAUUCUCUUGUCAUAUAAAAUUAUGCACCAUCAAUUCCAGCUAUGCCCAUCCCCCCAGGCUCUACUGUGGGGCAUUUUCCAGCCUUGUGGGUCCCAGACAUGGGGCAUCCACCAAUUUUGCAUGGCUCAGGGGUUGGAUAUUUGCCAACAACCCCCCCCCAACUGAGCUUUUGACACACACAUGUUUUCUUAUCAAAAAAUAACUUAACAUGGAGGGUUUUAAUGGAAACACAAUUAGGUUGGCAGAUUGGCUCAUCCGUUAAAGAUGGGAAAAAACUUGUUUUUAAAGGCAUGUUCUCUUAGUUUUAUGCUUGCAUUUCUUCAUUGCUUAUCAAGCCAGAACUUACAAAGCGAAUCUGGGAGCUAUCCAAGUGAAUCAACGCAUGUUUUUCAUUUCAGUGAAUGAAAUUUCUAAUGAUCUAGGAUUUGAAUAAAAUUUGGUGGUUAUGAUUACAUGCAACUAUGAUCUAUCAAAUAUUUGGAGAGCUUCCUUUCAUAUUAUUGGCCUAUUUAGAACAGAUAACUUUAUGGCACACUGUUAAUUUUAUUGUCAAUUAAUUUUUAGUAAUGGACUAUAAUUUAUUAAAACCAGAUGAAUAACAACAAGAUAAGAAUCAUGAAAUGGACUCAUCGUGCGUGAACUCUUAAUUAGAGUAGCGCGAUUAUAAGGGCACACCUUAACUGAAACGAAUAAUCGCACUUAAAAAUGCUUAUGUGGCACUACUUGAAUGUCAUUGCAUUUGGCAGCUCAAGUGUCCGCACACCAUCAUUGUAUCCUUGAUGUUUUUUCAGGAGUGUACUUGAUCACGUCAAGUGAUGUUACAGUAAGAGUGGGUGAACAACUCCAGCUUAACUGUACUGUAGUUGGAGCUGAUAAUUCUUCUAAGUAUCAAUUAUCAUGGUAUCAUGGUAAACAGAAACUAGGAGAAAAUGUGAUAGCAAAGCUGAGAAACAACACAGUUCAAGUUAAUAUUGAUGCUGUUCACUGGAACAACAAUGGAACUUAUGUUUGUAAAGAAACUGCUAACAGUGGUCUUCUGCCCAGAAGUGUUGUGGUCAGGGUUGGCGGUAGGUCUUCUUCAUAUUGUGCAUUGACAUAUUUUUCUGUUUAUCUGAAGAUGUGUAUUGAGGUCUCUGCCUCUGUCCUUGUGGUAUGCAUUCAUGCAAAAGAAUUGCUGCUCCCCAAUUUUCUUGAACCCAGAGGUUUAGUUCACCUUUAAACGACCCAUUUUUCAGCAUUCUUGUUUUAUUUUUUAGCUUAUAAUUUUUAAUGAAACUCAGAAAAGCAUGACCAACAGAAAAAUAAUUUAGAAUUUAAAAUAAUAUAGUUUUGUUGCAAGGAAAAAGCCAAUCACGCACAAGUAAACAAAACCAGGAACAACAAGGCUAGUUAAUUUGUGGUUUUGAUGUUUGUUCAUGCAUCCUGAACUUUGUGAUUAAGUCACUGCAUGAUUAUAUGGCAUUCACAGUUUUCUAAGUUUGACAGAAACAGUGAUUUUGUUACCCCUGCAUUCCUAAGCCCAAAGCAUGGUGCAAAGAGAAUCAGCCCUUUGGGCAAGCUGUAGCCAGAAUGACCUAGCCCAAGUGUCAUUUUGACUAGCCAAGAAACAUUUUUGACACGCAGGGUGAACAAUAAUCACUAUUCAUUAAUUAAUUACAUCAUUUAUAUAGAGAGAAAAAUUCAGAAAAAAAUUCUGAGUUCUAGAUGGGAAUUGAACCCUUCCAGACACUUUAGUCAGAUGCUCUACAAUUACAUCAUUAGUUAAUUUAUUUAAUCACUUGCUUUAUUAAUUCCUGGUAGUAAGCUAUGAUUUUAAAUAGAAUUUGGAGCCUUAGGAUCCUUUCUUCUCAGGUAUUUUUAAUAAUAAAUAAUUGUUCUUACCUGAAGAUUGUGCAUGUCACACAACAUCUAUUCUGACAUGAAAUGUACUGUUACAAUAAGCCAUUUCGAGUUCCCUUGCACCUCUUUAUCAAAACAAGGUUGAGAGCUCAGCCUUUGAUAUGGAAAUCAUUUUUUGUUCUCGUGCAAAUAAAACUCAUUUUCAAAAGACCUCAUUUUGAAAGUGAGGGUUUUUGGAACUUGCAAGCUAUCUAGUGGCCUAUUAAUGUUUUGAUACUCGUUUUUACAGAUUUCAUUUUCUCAGAUUAGCUUGAAAAAAGUUUUUACAUUUAUUAGGAAUUUUAUUUAAUACUCAAGCAAUUUAAAUUCCCCAAUAAAACUUCACGUGCCUGUUGGGCAAGUAAAGAUAAAAUACAAAAUUCACUAGCCCAAUGGCAAAAUACCAGGGAUGUCACUUCAAGUUGAGAGGUAAAUACAACAAGUAGGUUGGGAAUGAAACAACUAGGGGUUUCUUUUGGUUCUAUUUUUCUUUUAUUUUCCCAUGAAAGUAGCGGGGGAUCCACAUUCAUAGCAGCCGGGGGAAAUCCCCGGCCCCGCCUCUUAAUGACAGCCCUGAAAAUCCACUACACCAGGCUUAGAUUGGGCAGAACGUCAUUGACUGGCCCGAAGAUGAUAUCCUGUUUGCCCGACUCUAAAUCAGCGAAUAUAAAAUUUAAUAUUGUAACAAAAUCACUGAAAAUGAGCAUUAUUAAUAAUGUUUACCAAUUAAUAAUACCAGAUUUAUUUCCUUUUGAGAAAAAUAAUUUUAACGCACGAUUGCUGCUCUAGUAUUUGCAAAUUGUGAGGUAUUUUUGAAAAGCAAUUUUACUUAAACUUGACAUGGUACAUGUAUGUCUGAAUUAAACUUGCUGUUGGUUUCUUUUAGAUAUUCCCAGUUCACCUCAAAAUGUGUGGAUAAAUAAUGUUGAAUUCGAACCAAGAAUUCACUGGACGGCUCCAAAACACCCAGGAGGAUUGCCACUUAGUUAUGUUGUCAAAGAACCAUCGCUGUGCAAGAAUGUUACCAGAUCAGAUAACCAUCACUGCAGUCUUUGUUACAAUCAUCUUAUUUUUGGAACGGAUGUAAAUACAUUUAUGUGCACACUGGAUGCAAUUUCUCUUCUAGAGGGUAUUGUCUAUGAAGCCAUUGUUGAAGUUAAAAAUGCCCUCGGUUUCAACACAAGCAGUCCUGUUGUAUUCAAAGCCAACAAGUAUGAAAUAUUUUUAAGUGAGUACACUUACAACCUGUUACUUAAUAUUAUCAGUAGUAUUAUUUAUAUGCGCGUGCCACGCUAUUUUGUAGCUUUACUGGGAAGAGACUUGCCUGCACUGGGGAUAGCCAUGAACUGGACUCCCUGAACUGUAACUCCCUUGCAGGCUGGUCCCCCACUCCCACUCAUGUUAUUAUGCAUUCAAAAUAUUUCUUCGUUUCUGAUUGGCGCAAAUCAUGGCCAGCUUGUGUUGACAUUAAGUGAUAUCCAGGGUAAUAUCAUGACACCAAUGGUCGUGCAGGCUAUCGCCAGUAAAUAGCACGGCAACCUAGUGAAGAGGUGGUGUUGAGCGGCUCAGUUGUUUUGGUAGAGCUGGAGAAAAAGGCAGAGAAUUUCCCACAUUCUGUCAAGACGAAAUAGCUGAACUACUACCCAAGAAUGUAGCAAGAACAGCAACAAUUAAUACAACUCGACAGAUGACAACCAGGGCCAGCUGUUACGAUAAUUUUGAGUUGCUGGGUAAAUAAAACAAGCGGUGGGGAAUCAGACAGCUCAGCUAGGGAUUUCUUUUGGUUUUAUUCUUCUUCAAUUUUCCUUUGAAAGUAGCCAGACACCACGUUCAUAGUUGCCGAGGGAAAUCCCUGGCCCUUGCCUCUUAUAACAGCCCUGGAUAACUGCUACAUGUAUUUGAAGAAAAUCUGCUGUACUAAACAUCUCCUUUUAUCCUGAAUUUGCUGAGAUUCAGGCAAAUGAAGAUAUGAACUAAUAACGUCAAUCAUGUAAGCCUUUUGUUAAAGAAGGUACAUCAUCAUUUUGAAUGACUAAUAAAAGAUUAUUCUAUGCAGAUUUUGUAUGAUACCAUAAAAUUCCGAAAGUAUUUUUCAAAGGUCCAUUUUGGGGGGCUUAUUUUUGGAGGGGCUUAUCUACGGAAGAUAGUUUGCGUUUCGAAAUCGAUUGGGCUAGCCUUAUAGUUGGAAGUAAAUUUAGCGUUUUUGCUUUGUUUUACUUUGUAUUUGGGGGCAAUUUUCCAAGUGCAAGCCCCCUGGGGGCUUAUAUUUGGAGGGGCGAUUUAACGGAGAUGUUCUUGCGUUACCGGUUUGGGGGGCUUAUAUUUGGAGGGGCUUAUUUUCGGAAUUUUACGGUAUAUGAAGAACUAUGUACAAUCUUGAAGAGAGUUAUCCUCCUCGAUCUGCAUAAUUCUUCAGAUCAUACUCAGUCUCAUUCAAUAAUUGCUAAAUAUCUUUUCUCAUUCGUCUCAGCUACUCCACAACCUGCUAAAGCCUUUACUGCUAAGGAAGUACAGCCAGCUACAACAGUGAAACUGUCAUGGGAGGAUCCCAGACAGUUAGAUUUCUUUGUGGUUCAAUAUACCAUUCUGUACCAUGAGGAUGGAGAUAAGCAGAACAAGGUCAGUGUUCUUCAGAAGCUCCGGCAGCAGGCCAAAAUUGGGGUAUAGUUGCUAUGGAAGGACUAGCUAUAACUUCCAAAAGGGUUUUUUAAGAGGGUAAUCUAAUAAUGAUAUUUGUUUCUCUGAACACUUUUUUUCAAUGUAAAGGAACGUAAAAAAGGGAAUGUAGGUAGGUGAAGGUACCAUCUACAUGGCUAAAAUUAUUUCUGAUCGCUCAAAACACACUUGGGGCCCCUGAAAUAAACUUGAAAAUCUCCCCUGGUGUAGGGGACAACCCUCCAGCAAAACCUUACCAAAUAUGAAUCUAAGGCACGUGAAAGGCUUUCCACUCUUUUUGAUCCAAUCUAUUGCCACCAACUGUAGUUUUUCUCCCUCUACUCUACAUUUUCUGGAGAACCCUGCAAGGUUAAGCUUUGCUUAUAUGUUCAAUAGCAUAUCUCUGUUCCUUCAAAGUGAAGUUAAAAAAACUCUUGCCCUGAAAAAUUAAAUGGAACUGUGCAGAUUAUACUUGGUGUGGUCUAAGACUUAAAGGUUUCGUAGAACAAUAUUCUUUAUGGUCAAGUGAACGGAAACUUCAUCAGUGUAGAUCUGCACAAUCGCAUGAUUUACUACUUUUUUCCUCUUCCUUUGCAUCUGUAGCCCACUCAAAAGCCUGGCUAGCCUUGCCAAGCUUGGCCAGGCUGGCGUUAAAGCUGGCUUUUGGCCUGACUUACUAGGAAAAAGUAGCAAGCCUGGCCAAAGUAGCAACCUAAUGGCCACUUAAGGCUGGCUUUCCUGGCCAUGUUAGUUUAAAUGGCAGGGCCAAGGCCAUAAUGGGCCACAACCUGGCUUACUUAGUUCUUUUAGUAGUGAUACUACGUAUACUAAUAUACAAUAGAAAAUUAUAGUAGUGUGGUUCAUCGGAAAUAAAUCCCUUAUCAAAGGCAUUCGAGAGAGAAUCCAGGGGGCUAGGACACUUGGCAGCUAUAUGGAUGGUCACACUAUUUAUUUAUUGCUUAAAGACAACUGAGAGCAUCUUUGCCCAGAAAUUAAGGUUCUGGAAGAUAGAUUUUAUUGAAUGUUCACUUUUUAGAGAAAAGGGGGCUGCACAACUCCAUGACAGCCUCCUCUAAGUUCAUCCAUAGCAUUUGGAAGUGCUGGGUUUUGAGUGGAGAGGAGGGAAAAACUGCAUGGAGAACGAGGAAAAAAAUCCACUCACAGCAAGAACAAGGAACCACUAAUGAACUCCACCUGUAUACAUGUAUGUCCUGUUGUCUCUGCCUGUGAACCUAGCCCACAUUUGUGGAAGAAAUCUAAGUGCUCUUACUUUAGUUAUGGUUGAAAUAUUAACUAAAUAUCUAAAACUUCACAAAAUAAUAUGUGGUAUAAUUAUAUAAAUUUACUGUUGCAGAGCUUAAUUUUACAUUCACCAAAAGUCUCUGUCCUGAUACAUGGUCUGUUUGGAUUUACGCAUUACUACUUCUACUUGCUAGUGCAAUAUGGGAACAGAACUACAUUUGGAACCUACAGUAAAGCUGCUGUGCAAACUGUUAUGACCAGCGUAUUAGGUGAGUGAAGUUGUAAGUUUGGCCGCAAAAUUGGCUCGGAGAAUAUGCUUCUCAUCCCAGGUCACUUGGUAAAAUAAACAGAAAUAAUAAUGAUAAUAAUAAUAAUAAUAAUAAUAACAAAGUAAGUAAACUAAUAAAAUAACCUUGAUAGAGGUUGAGCAAAAUAUAAAAGAGCUUGUAGGAGGCAAGUGUGAAUCAGUUGUGCAAAAUGCAAACGGCGAUCAUCUCUAGUUCAUUACACAUUGCUAGAAUGUUCAAGCUGAGUGGUUAGAUAUCUAUAGGAAUUUUGGAUGCCUAUUUUAACAUAUACUUAAUCUUGUACAUUAUCGAAAUUUUAUUGACAUACCUUAGACGUUCUCAUUAUUUAAUGGACAGCUAUAUGAACGAUGAUUUUUAACUUAUGAACCUUUUUAUUUUAUAAUUAAGAUGUUCAUAAAGCUUGGAGGAUUUUUUUAUUGUUUUAUUUUUUUUAUGACACUUUUAUCAAAUCAUUUCUACCCAGUUUUUUUUUUUUUUUGCACUAAUUAUUGUGUAAUUGUUACUACAAGUUUUGGUCAACGCUGCGGCUGGUUACGGUUUGCUGCCCAGCUAAAGCUUUAAUUUUUCUACUCUGGGCAUCCAGACGUUUGUGCUGCCAUAAUAAUAAUAUAUAUUUUUGGAAUAAUAAAAGUAAUUUUAUUCAACUUUGAAAAUAUGUGCAUAAUUACAGAAAAACUUGAAGUAAGAAUUAAGUACUAUAUAACAUUAAGAAUUAUAUAAAUCAUAAAAAUACAAUCAUUGUGUCGCUAACAAUUUCCCAAAUACAUUCCCUGCAUCUCAGAUGCGAUCAUUAUCUCUUGCACACAGUCCAGUGCUGUUAAAAUUGAGUCACAUGACGAAAGAAAAUUAAUAUGAAUAGUAAUAAUAACAACAACAACAACAACAGCAAAUAAGCUUGUUGCUUGUCCUCUGCUGCCUUCCUACCCUUGGUCGAUUGGUUCAAGAGAAUUAUGUUUGACCUCUUUGACUAAUCAUUAUCUGUAGAAUGCAGAUUCAACCCACCCCUUGCCAUUUAAGCCACUUUAAUGUUACUCAUACCACUCAUCUCAUCCCCACUAACUGUGAAGAGGGAUGAAAGGUUGGUGACAGUCUGUCAAGUCUUUCCUAGCCUUGGUACAGCUCCCCCCUCCCUCUCAGAAAAAAUCGGGGGACCGCUAGUCUUACUGCACAUUAAUGCAGUUUCCCUAUCUCCAGUAAAAAGUGUGUCAAUGAUAAAACAAUAAAUGUAUGAACUGCUUUCAGUUGUUGGAUCAUAUUUUAGAAUAAAAAGCUUAAAUACGGAGUACAGUAGUCUUUCGCAAAAUGUAAAUUGCUUGACCUAAAGAUCUCUAUUGUUUUUGUGGGAAUCCCACAAAGCUCCAACCUGGUGAAAGCGGUGAAGUUUAUCUUAUUCAAGAAGAGUUUUAUAUGUAACAAUCUGUACAUUUUAGCUCCAAGUCGUCCUGCAACAAUUAUAAACUGCAGUCAAUGGAGAAACGCUAGCAGUGAUCCACAUAUGAUAGUCACAUGGGAGGUAAGAAAAAUACUGCGAUCACAGGUAACCCAGGCUCUAUGAUGAUAGUACCACAGUAAGGUUCCAAUAAAAUUACAGUGUUUUUAUGGGGUAAAAAUGCCAUCCUAAAAUUUCUAGGAAAUACUAAAUAAAGAUCAAUGAAACUUACUCUGCAGUUAAUUGUUGUUGUCCUUAUUGCUCCAACGAAGUUUCGUGAUAAUUUGCAGUAAUUUGUUCAAAUUCACUCUAUGUACAAUAAUAAUAUACUAGGGUAUCUAAAAGAUAGUAAUGCUGCGGCACAUUCUGUUGAUACUGGCAUUAGUUAGGCAGUGAGACUUAAAAGAAUCAAAAAUGACAUUGAAUGUCCUAUUUACAUGUUGGAAAGUACUAGAAUAGUUACUAUCAGUCUAUAGAAAGAACUCGUGGGAACGUUGUUUAGAAAAUGAUCAAGUGGUUAUCAACUCUGGUUUUCCCACAGUAAAUUGUAGGAAAUAAUAGAAAUUGAGAUUGAUUAUCCAGAUAUUUAAUAUACAGUGCACGAUAUUUUCUCUGGAAACACAAUACUUUUCUUGCUGUUUGUUGCACUUUAUUAAGUAACAGUUAUUUAGCUAUAUAUUUAUAGAAAACAACAACACAAAAAAAGGAAAAAAAAAGAAAGUAGGAAUAAAUAAUUCGGUAGGACUCAAACCCGGCACCUUCGACUCGACGCGACUACACCUAACCACACUACACCACAGAGGCUGAUUACGUAAUUUCCGGGAAAAGUGUUUCGCUUUAUUCCUUUUCUAUGAAACUUCCGCCGGCAAGAUGAUCGCCAGCCGCAUUAACCGAGCUAUUAGCAGUGAAAAAACAAUGUAAACGCAUAUUCCAUGGCAAUGAAUGAAUGAAAGAACAUAAUUAUGCUUUUCAAAACGCCGAUACACGUCCUGGUCUGCAAAGUAGGACACAAAACAUAUGUUUUGUUAUCUCGAUUUCCGCUGUUAUUUUGAAGCGAAUGGUCAAACUCACAUCCAUUUUCGGCUCAUACAGUUUCUUAAGAAUAGCAUUGCAUGACAUUUUCUCACUUUCACAUCACCUUCUAGCAAGCUGGAAUUAGUAUAUCCCCCGUGUUGCGGAGUCGAAGAGCAAAUGCUCAUCUUCUCGUCAGGUUUAACACCUGGACGAGUCAAAAAAGGCUCUUGAAUUGAAAUCCAAUCCCCAAGUUAACCAUCGUACUCAUCUGAAAGACUCUUGCGUGUCUUAAAAUUUGGUAAGACCUUUAACCGUGCUGUAGAACUGAGCAGCGAACGAUACACUACUUCCCCGUGUUUUCAUUUGAGUUGUUCGUGGCGCAAUGCACUCUGGUUAAAUGCAAUGCAUUGUGGUAAAAAGUGUGGUUAAAUGCAAUGCAUUGUGGUAAAAAGUGAUGAAUUCGAGAAUUCGUCGCCCCUUUAUAUAUUUCCUUAAAAUCCUGAUUAUGUUGCUGCUCGCUCCCUUCGGUCGCUCCGCAGCAACAAGGUAGGAGACACGAGAUGCCAUUUUCGCCGACAUGCUCUCAUUCAACACUACUUUUUCCACGAAAUUCAAACUCCAACGGAAAAUAAACAUGCCAGGAUCGUAGAAAUAGGAUAGCAGCAGAAAUAGAAACCAAUGAAGCUUUCCCAGAUAGAGAAACGAAUCCCACAGACUUUGACAAACUCGAAGGAUGUAAUCCAAACAGACCGAGAAUAUGCUCGCCGAAGCAACCGGGCCAGAUCGACGCGCGGCCAAUUUCUGGGGACCGAUACAUCAUUUGCUCAAAGCCACCCUACCCUGCUGAAAAAAUACUUGAUAGAAGGCAAUUGUUCUUCCUAGCCAAUCACAAUUCGCCAGAGCAAACCCCACACACGCGCCUAAAUUUAAAUGGCUGAAAAAAAAAAUAAAACCAGCAUAGUCUGCCGAGUUACAAGGAUCAUCCCCAUUUCUUUUACUAAGGAACGCAAAUAACGGUAAUGAAACUAUGAAAUAAUAACGCGAAAUACUUACAAGGCGAGCUAAAAACGACUUUCUAUUAUCCAUGAUAGAAGGCAAUUGUUCUUCCUAGCCAAUCACAAUUCGCCAGAGCAAACCUUACACACGCGCCUAAAUUUUAAUGGCUAAAAAAAAAAAAACCAGGAUAGUCUGCCGAGUUACAAGGCGCCCCAUUUCUUUUACUAAGGAACGCAAAUAACGGUAAUGAAACUAUGAAAUAAUAACGCGAAAUACUAGGCGGGCUAAAAACGAGGUUGAUCAAGAGGUAGAUGAUGACUGAGAUACUGUUGCUGUGAACUCUCGAGCGAGACGAUCGUAAAUAAACGGUGAAGCUUACAAAAUAGUGACAAAAAUUAUACAGAAAAUUCCAACAAAAUAUGAAUUGCGAUGACUGAGACGAAUGUGAAAGGCAUGUGCACCAGUAAACAAAGAACUAGCACGAUUAACAUAUUUAGCGAUUAAUGCGGCCGUAACACGCCGACUUCUUGUUAAUACAACCGGACGUUCCGUCAGUUAAUUAAGUGAACCAUCGUCAGGGGCGGAUCCAGGAUUUUUUUUAGGAGGGGGUACACUCGUCUCUUGCUCUACCUCAACACCAAUAAACCACAAUUUUUUUUUGCAGAAUACCAGUUGUAUUAGAAAACCGCAGGUCAUCUCAGGGGGGAGGGGGGGUGCGCACCCCCUGCACCCUCCCCCUAGAUCCGCCCCUGAUCGUGACACCUCUCUUUGAAUUUGGUCCUGUUGUGCAAAUGCCGCGGUGAGAGCCAAAAUUCACUUAUAUCUUUUGCUCGUUUUAAGUUUUGUAAAUCCUCCUUCCUUGUUGUUUCCUUUGCCCUUAUAACCUUGCCCUACUGAUGUUUGAUAGACUUUCUGAGGACCAGUGCCAGGCGCUGAAUAUAGUUCGAGAGGGACAUAAUAUCUUUAUAACAGGCAAGGCUGGUACGGCUAGGAAGAACAAUUGCCUUCUAUCAAGUAUCUUUUCAGCUGGGUAGGGUGGCUUUGGGCAAAUGAUGUAUCGGUCCCCAGAAAGAUUACCUCAGGACUCCCGGGAUGGUUUUUUUUUGUACAGUACCCAGGCCUCAUUUUCCUGGCCGCGCGUUGAUCUGGCUCGGCUGCUUCGGCGAGCAUAUUCUCGGUCUGUUUGGAUUAUAUCCUUCCUGUUUGGAUUAUAUCCAUGACUAGUACAUUUCACUGUGAGUGUUGUCAAUGUUUUACAUUCAAAAGAUGCGAUAAAUUCAAACUAAAAUGUACUAGUCAUGGAGGUAUGUAUUGUCCGCAUUAAUUUGGAAAAAUAAGCGUAACGUCAAAAAAGGGAAUUUUGUGGCGCGAAUUCAUGACCAGUUCGUAGGAUAGGUUUGUCUUGAAAUUUCAAGGUGUUGCAGUGAAUCAAUCUUAAUGAAAAUUUCAGAGGUUAUUAUACAUAUUAUGAAUACUAUGUGAAGAGAUUUUAAAAAAAUUCGUUCGAGUCGUUUUAGAGAUAUACAAAAGAGCGCUAAAAGUCCAAAUUUUUAGUGAAGUUGCACUUAUACAGGUGGUGAGAAAAAGGGUUAGUUUUCAAGAUAGCAAGAACGAAAAUACACCAAAGCUUCCUAGCAUCGAAAUAUGAAAUAACGUAGCAUUCUGACGCUACUUAAGAGUAAUUUGAGCCUUGUAUAACGUUUUCGUUAAAUAAUCUAUCACGGCUAUUGAAAAUUUAAGGUUUGAAAUAUAUUUUCGUUUUAGUCGAAUUCAAACGUACAGAAUUUUUCACUUCUUACGGAGAUUGUUUUCUAAACACCAAACUUUAAGUUCCUAGUGUUGGAUUUUCACAAAAGCUGGUCUAGGUCACACAAAAUUUGACUUUUAUCAAUUUCAAUGUUUUUUGUUUAUUCAUGUCAUAGUAAUACUCGUGAGAAUUCUAUAGCAAUCGGACAAAGAAAAAAAACACUCUUAAGGCGACUGAAAAAUAUCGGUAUAUCCUGUGAAAAACUGUAUCGAAACACCUUAACAAUAGGUAACUUAUGCAGCUGCGAAAAGAAAGCCUGAAACAUUCAGGUUUGCCGAGAUUCGAACCCUAAACUCUUCGAUACCUGUGCAGCGCUGACCAACUGAGGUAGCAAGCCAACUGGGAGCUGGUCAUUAUAUUGGUUCGUAAUGUACCCGGGAAAGAAUAAGAUGAAAUGAUGAAUGUAAACUAAUUUCAUUUAGUAAAAUCCAACUAGUGGUCUAUUAACAAUGCUGCGUUCUGAUUGGUUGAGCUACUACUAGGCUAUGUGUUUAGCCCACUAGUAGCGAAAAGCGCCGUCUUUUUGGCGGCAAAAAAGGAUUAAAAACUAGCUUUAACUAGCUAGAGUUGUUUGGUCUCGAUAUUUUUGACCAACUAGUUGGAUUUUACUAAAACAAUUAUUGCUAUCGCGUUCGUGGCCUCUGAGUCAAUAGCGGGCUUGAGGAAUAAUCGUUAAAUAUUCGUCAUUUCAAAAAGCACUUAGCUUGCAUUCUUUGACAGAAGAGUUUUUUCUCUCAACCAGUUUCCACCCUCCAAGAAUUGGAAUGGUCCUUUAAAGUACACGAAAAUCAGUUACCGUUGUCAAAGAGGUUCUCGUAAAAUAGAAAGAACUGUUUCACUGACUAAUUCAACUGUUCGAAGUGUGGCUUUACCUGGCAUACAAGCAACUGAUAAAUGCUCUGUUUGGAUGAGGAUUUGUAAUGGACCACAGCUCUGCAGUGCCAUCAGCAAUAUCUGUGUUAAGCCGGGAAAAAUAGAAGGUGAAUCAUUGAAUGGACGUCACAUAUCUAUAGAUGAGCUGUGAAAGACAGCACGCUUUGUUAUACAGCUAAAUCAAAAAAGGUUGCUUUGGUAGUAGGUCAUUGGGAAUUGUGCAUUGAGCAUUUGGGCAUUUCGAACAAUGCAAUGAGUUACUUGAGUGACCACCAAACAAUAGCUUCCCAAUGCCCAAGCAACCUUUAUUGAAUCAGCGAUAUAAAACCCUAUCACUCAUUCUUGACGUUUAUUUUUUCCUAAAGCCAUUUGCUGUUCGAAUCAAUUGUUGAAAGUUCUGCUAAAAACGUUACUAACUCAAAUGGCGAAAUGCAAUGAAUGCGUGAAAUAUAGAGAGCCUGCUAUCACUCAGGUAGCUCCUGUUUAAGUAGACAUACAGUGUACUAUUAGUAGGACUUAAGUAGAGUCUAGUUAGGUCUGCAUGCUUUCAUACGGUUGGUUAAACAACAUUUCCAUUUAAGUAUGAUAGCAGAUAAAACUUAACUGUGCGAAGUGCUGUUACUAACACCAAUUUUGUUACUGUAACCCCAGGCCCCAUCCGGGUGUUCAAACGUUGGAUAUCCCUAUCCACCGAGGUCGGGUUGUUCAAAGCUGGGUCAAGAUAACCCAGGGUCAGUGCGAAAUUUGCAUUCAGAUAUGAAACCUUAAAAAGUACAUUUGAAAUUCAGUUUUAAUUAAUUGUUUUUGUCAGCUAGUUGAUGAUUGGAUGCGCUUAAAAAUAACAGAGAAAAUUAUCCGAGAAAAUGUUUUUGAACAAAAUAAAAAGAAACCCGGGUUAAAGUUAACCCUGGAUUAAGCGCUGAUCGGUCUUCGAACAACUGGGUCCCGCAGAUAAAUCACUAUCUAGUGGAUAAGUAUUAGAGGAAGUGAUGGCGUUAUCCACCGGAUAGUUAUUUAUCCAGUGCAUAACGCACCUGUUAAACAACUAGGAUUAAGACUUCAAGCUUGGACAAAGGCAAUCCCUUAUUCCAGUCACUUAAUGGCAUUUUUGCGCGUCUUUUUGUAGAUAAAAAGCUGCUCUCCUCGCGGGAUUCCAAACCAAGUGUUCUAAAGAUAGUACUUAUUAGUUUGGCUGGGGCAACAAGUGGAGUAGCACUGGUUUUCAUUGUCGCCAGAUGUGUUUGCAGGUGAGAAAUGCGGCUAAAGGUAGAGAUUAUAUUUGUUAAAGCAGGCAGUUUUUAACUUUCCAAAAAAAAAAACAACCAAACAAAAGAAAUUGUCGCAUUUCUUACGCCAUGUAUUGUUACUGGAAUUCCAGUGGUGGAAAUCCAAGAAUAAAACAAAAGAAAUGUUCCUUACAGUAAUUUUCAUUUCAUUCGUGCGUCGUGAAAGCAUCUUGGUAUUUGCCAACUGCUCUGCAUGUCAUUUGAAAAUAACUGUGAGUGUCUCAGCUAAUUUGAGUUGCUUCUGAUCGAAAAUUAAAUAUUUGCUCUUUUGCACGUUAUAUUUGUAGAAGAGGUGAGGAAAGAGAGGUGCAGCCACUGGCGAAUUUAUUGGUAAGCAAGGCAACAUCGUCCUCUGUAUUAUUUAAACACGUGUGCUCAAGUUACACCUUUGCAUCAUAUUUUUUCGUGAAAUUAGUAUGUGUAAUCAAAUGAUGACGAGUGAAAUUAUUGAAUAACUUUAUUCGUGUUCAAAUUCGGAAAAAAUUAGGAUUUGUACAAUACGCAAGAGAAAUAAUUCCCUUAUUUCACGAGUAUGCCUGCUAUGCCAUUUCUUAUUCAUAUAAUUGGUUACAAAUUACGCUCGUACAAAGGUGCGUUUUUGACAUACUUAACGUAUCGAUCGAGAAGUCCACGUACUAAAAUGUUUAGAGCUUAAAUGUUGGCUUGAGUUCAUAAUUUUCAGAAUUUUUCGACAAACUACCUUUUAGAAUCCGCCUUGGUUUGCUCUUUCGUGUUUUUACGUUUCCUAAAGCGUCUUUCAAUGCUGUGACGUCUUCAUAAGGACUGAAACGUAUGCAACGUUGUCGUGGCAAUUUUGUAAUUUCACAUGUGAAAUUAUAAGUUUGUCACCCAUGAUAUUAAUCAUUUGAAAAUUUUACUGUGGGUGAUGAGAACUGUUUAUUGUUAAAACAGACAAGAAAUACAUGUGGAAAGAAUUUGAAUCAAUUGAGUAACAUAGUCAAACAUGACUUUCAAACCUUCAUUAAACUCUUUCACCAUUCUGACAGGGUGAAAUGUCCGCUCCAGUUCAUGGCUAUGACGAAAUUGAGGAACCCUUAGUGAACAACCACUACGAAAUGCUCGUCUAAAUUAUAGUCGCCUGACGGCCUAGCAAAGGCAAAGCAGCAUUAUCGUCUCUGAAAGUGUUGAUGAUAAGACCGCCAUUAUCAUCUCCUGGGGCUUCCUGAGGUAUUGCCAGUUUAUAACUGAUGCUGUAGAUGCCAGGAAUUCAGGACCAGUUUUGGCGAUGCUCCUGUGAUUGCAAUUGCACCAAAAAACAUCCAGUGGGCUCUUAAAGUCUUUGCCACCGAUCGUGUCGUCUAUCAGCCUUAACACUGAUGCUAAGCAGACCCCUGGAAAUUCAGGGCCAGUUUCGGCCAACUGACAACCAGGGAGGACCCUGCACCCCAUCUAACAAACUUGAGAAAAGCUUACCCUCGACUGGGCUUUGCAUUACACCAACCAAGAGACGUCGGGCUAUCACAGACUUGGUCAUCGCUUGAACUUAUCUAUCAGUCUCGAAGAUGUCAAAGCCAGUUUAGGCCUAGUCUGCUACAAAGUCGUCACGCAACGCUCCUCCUCAAAAAAGGCUACUCACAUUCGAACAACAUUCCUUUCCCGCGGUUAGCUAAUUAGAAUUCAGCUCCCAUUUUCUGGAAGGUGUUCGCGCCACAUUUGUGGUACAGUGAAUCCUCCAAUCACAGCUCCCCAUGUGGGGAGGAGGGUUGGUUGACGACAAUAAAAACGGCUGUGUCGCAGACUAGUUUAGGCCAAGACCCAGUUGAAAUUAUCACCAACUUGAGACUUGAGUGCACCAAAAGAAUUUGGGUCGGUUAUUUAAACGAAGUCUAACUUAGACCGCGGUUUAGCAAAUCUUUGGACCUCCAGAUAUCUUCCUUAGCGGGUAAUUUUAACAAAAUAAGUGCUCUUCCAGUCUACGCCUUAUGCUUUCAUGGACCUUUUCACGAUAACUGGUGUUAAGAUAAAAACAUUGGGCAAACUGAAAAUGGCUAAGAACGUGGUUUUAUUUAACACUGGCUAAACUUCAUUUAAAUAACUGCCCCUUUGAGUUUUGUAGUCUUUGUCGUGCUUCUCGUAAUGUUUUAAUGGUACCUGACCCACGACACCUUUGUCGCUGUUUAGUAGUAUACUGACCAGUUUCUAAAAACGUGAAACUGCUUAAAAGAGUGGUUCUAUUUAUGGCAGUUAUGUUAUGGUAUAGUUGCUCCAUAUCGUAAGGCUAGAUAACAGUUGAACGUUAAAAAAGAGGAUUAAAAACACUGU